UUUUUGCUCAGUUUGCCGAUAAAGACACAGCCACAUGGACAUGCACAGGCUGAUCUACGAGGUGAAGCAGCGGCCCGCUCUCUGGGACUCCACGCAUCCGGACCACGCCAACCGUCCGGAGACACAGCGCCUCUGGCACGCAGUGGCGGAGGCAGUUGGACUCGGUGUCGAUGUGUGUCGCGGCAAAUGGAAAAAUCUGCGAUGCAGUUAUCGCCGCCAAAACAGGCGAAGUGGUCUCCAGAAGCACCAACAACAACAGUCACCAUCGCCGGGUCACCAGUGGUCAUAUGCGGAGGCCAUGAGUUUUCUCGAUGGUCAGCGAUUGCUGCGGGAGGACAGGGAUAGUAGCAACAACGAGGAGGAGGAGCUGGAGAUUUCAUUGAAGGAAGAUCCGGAUACGGACACCAUGAUGUCGACCCUUAAGAGCGAACAGGAACGCUCCUCGUCGGGUCCCGAUGAAAUGGAGGCGGAUAAUGAUGCUCUCAUGCGGGAAUUCCAGAAUGUUGCCACUCCGCAGGCCUUGCGACGACUCUCCGAGAGUAUUUCAUUGGCCAGCGCAGCGGCUGAGGAGCAAGUGCCUCCAACAGCUGCCGCCUCGACGGGGAUGAAAUUUGCAACCGGAAGAUCCAUAAAUCCGAAUUUAACCCAAGGAAGUGCCAUGGCAGCCGCGGCAGCCAGCAGUUGCCAUUGUGCCAAGCGGGUGGAUGAACAGGUUAACUUUCUGGAGAACUUGGAACGCGAGGAGCAACAGCUGAUGCAGUCAACCAGCCAGGAUUUGGCCAGGUGCAAGAGUGUCCUCCAUGUGGGCGACUCGGAUUACAAUUACCUGAUCAGCUUUUUGCCGCUGAUGAAGCAAAUGACGCCCAUUCAGAAUGUGUUCUUUAGGGCCAAAAUGGGGGAACUCCUGCUGCAGACCAUGCAACAGCCGCCGGUGCAGCAGCAAUCGCAACAACUGGUGUUGCAGCAGCAACAGCAACAGCAGCAGCAACAACAGCAGCAGCAGCCCUCGCAAAUGUUGUUGAACCAACAACAAAUGGCCUUGGAUCAGGCGCAAGUGAGCACCAGCUCAACAAAUUGGAACUAAAUCGAGGAUUGGAACUGAACAAACGAGAUAUAUACAUACCCUAUAAAACAUUUAGUAUAAAGCUAAAGCUAAAAGUGAGAGCGAGAGCUCCACAGUGCGCAGGUCCAGUGCACCGUGGCCGCUCCGAGAUUAUUUUGGACUUUAUCAUUGCAUAUGAAUAAAUAUAAUUAAACUGAA